AUGGAUGUCUAUAGACAAGCUGGUGAUAUUGUGCGUGCUGUACGUGAAGGCCACGGCACCGCCAAGGCUUUGUGUCUCCGCAAAGAAAUGCAAAAGAAAAAACAAACAUACGCCGUUGUCUGCGAAACCCUUCGACACUACGAUCUCCUGCAGGAUGUUCUCGAGCAGGCGGAGUUCUUCCAAUAUUAUCCACGCGCUAAUAGAGAACUCGCUGUCUGUAUGGCGUAUGAUGUUGUGCUUGGGAAAGGAGUAAACACCAAUCGGGAUUCCACGGCACAGGCAAUUCAAAAAUCCGCACCGUACUUGCGUGAGGCGUAUUGGCAUGUGAAGAAACAUCACAUUAUUCCUCCACGAGCACGUGAUGCCUUUGAAGAGGAUGGAGAGGAAGAGAAAAAGAAUAAUAAUAAAAAUAAUGGGAAUCAUCAGCGAUCAGCUGGGAACGAUAAUGAUAAUGGUAUGUCUGGUAAUGAUAGUAGUAGUAUGAUGAUAGAGCGACGGAUACCGCGGUAUGCACGGGUGAAUACAUUGAAGAUUGAUGUGGAGAGUUUAGUUGAGAGACUCCGCCGUGCUGCCGCAAAAAGAGCUCGCGAUGCUGAUGAUGACACAAAUACUCAUAAUAAUAAUAAUAAUAAUAAUAAUAAUAAUAAUAAUAAUAAUAAGAAUAAGAAUAGUAAUGGGAAUCGAUCUUCAAAGGGAUUUCGCACACUACCGGAGUUUACUGUAGAUCCCAUUAUACCAUCGCUGUUGGUAUUCCCGCCUGGCACCGAUCUGCACGCCCAUCCGGCUGUGCGAAGUGGUCAACUUAUCCUGCAGGAUCGCGCCUCUUGUCUUCCCGUUUGUGUUCUUCUCGAUGCUGUGGAAGUGUGUACAUCGGCAUCUAUACAACAUGAGAAACCACUGGAGUACGUUGUCGAUGCCUGUGCGGCGCCGGGUAAUAAAACAACACAGAUUGCCGCCUUGGGAGCCCCACAUGUGAAAGUGAUGGCACUUGAACGAGAUGAGAAGCGGGCGAAUCUUCUUUACAAACGUGUGCAGAGUCUUGGGGCGGGUGAUUAUGUGAAUGUUGUGCAUAUGGACUUUUUUGAUAUGGCCUCUGCGGAUCGUGAUGCGGCGGAGGCGAUUCUACUGGAUCCCAGUUGCAGUGCCAGUGGUGUGUUAACGCGUGUGGAUGUUUCCCUCCUGCAGCAGCGACAAAACACAAAAGUCCAGAAGAACAACAAUAAUGUUGAAUCGGAUAAUGAUCAUACAAAUCAUCAUGAUGAUAAUGAUAAUGAUAAUAAUGAUGAUGAUGAUGGUGAUAAUAAUAAUAAUAUUAAUAAUAAUGAAACGGGAGCUAUAGCUGUAGAAGAGCAGGGAGCGGACUUUGCCAGUAAUGUGGAUCGUGUGCAGAGUCUCGCGAGGCUGCAGCGCAAACUUCUUGCCCACGCCCUUCUCUCCUUUGACAACUGCCGCACAGUUGUGUACUCCACCUGCUCUCUGCACGAGGAGGAGAACGAGGGAGUUGUGCGGCAGGUGCUGCUCGACAGUCGAGUGCAGGCCCGCGGCUGGACACUCAGUCAUAUCAUGCCAAACACGUGGAAUACACGUGGCCGCCGAUCUGAAGAAGAAACACUGCCGCUCGAGUACACAAUUCGCUGCGAUCCCGUUGCGGAUGCCACUAAUGGGUUUUACGUGGCCCGCUUUGAUCGUAUGUGCACAAAGGAGAAGAAGUCGUAA